UACGCAUGCGCUGACGUAACAUUUCUUCUCGGUUUCUCUUUCUUCGUACCUUAUAUAUAUAUCAUCAACACGAGGCACUAAAAUUAUUCACCAAAAUUAUUGUGACAUACAGAUCAAAGAGCAGAAAAAGUGAGACAUCAAGAUGGCUCUUGCCAAAGCUAAGGAGAUUGUGUCGUCCAAUUCCGUUGUCGUUUUCAGCAAAACCUAUUGCCCUUUCUGCGUCAGAGUGAAGCAGCUCUUCGAUAGCCUUGGCGUCACUUACAAGCUCCUCGAGUUGGACGUUGAACGUGAUGGAGCGGAUAUCCAAGCAGCAUUACAUGAGUGGACUGGUCAGCGAACUGUGCCUAAUGUGUUCAUUAGCGGAAAACACAUUGGUGGCUGUGACGACACAACUGCACUGCACAAUCAGGGGAAGCUGGUGCCCCUGCUGACUUCAGCUGGAGCUAUUACCACCAAAUCAACUGCUUAAAGGAGCUCGAUUCCUUGUUUAGGUAGUUAAUUAGCAUAAUAAAAAUCCACCCACUUGUAUGGGUUGGAUUUUAUUGUAGUCCUUGAAGUUACCGUGUUUGUUCCUGUGUGACCUGUGUGACUCUUUCCAAAUCGUUGUUACUAUGUGAAGUAAGGAACUUAAGUUGCACCAUAUAAAUAAAUCUACUUAUGCAAGGUGCAAGGCUUGGUCUGUAGAAACUAGUGGUAAUAAAUUUGUGCAGUGUUUGUGACUGUGUUAUGCAUUUGCUUAUAAAGGUAAAUUAUAUCAGGUUAUAAUUUACAAA